AUGAGCGUGGCCCAAUAUGAGAACUGCUUUACUGAACUCUCCCGUUACGCUUCCGAGAUGAUUGCCAAUGAAGCGGUAAAGAUGAGACGAUUCACGGCUGGGCUGCGAAGCGGUAUUCGCUCCAAGAUAUGUUGCGUCAACAUCAGGAUAUACGCCGAGCUCGUCGAGAUGUCCAUCAGGGCGGAGCAGGAUGAGGAGCGGGUCGCCCGGAACCGUUCACAGUUAGGGCUUCGAAACAGGGUGGAGGGACCGUCCUCCUCUUAUGCAGGAAAAAGGGCGCGCCCCAACUCACCUCCCCGACUAGCUGCCACGCCGGCCCCUUCUACGCGACAGGCCCAGGUUUGCACUUAUUGUAGGAGAGCGGGACACUCUGAGCCCUAUUGUUUUACGAGGAUGAGAGACCUCGGAUUCACCCCGCCUCAGCGUAAUAUUAGGCCCCCACAGCCAGCAUUGCAGAUUCCGCCCUUACGGGCUCGGGUGCAUGCCCUAGCAGUUGAGGGCCAAGAUGCGGCCAUCCCCACUCCUACGACCUUCAAGGUGACGGCCCACAUACAAGGUACACCUAUAUUCCUUUUGGUGGACACCGGAUCUACUGCUUCUCUCAUAUCUCAUGCCGCCGUCAAGCAUUUGGGGCUGCGCCCCAGGCCCUUCGUGGGGGUAAAGAUCAUCGCUGCCGCUGGCACAUUUUCAGAGGCGACUAAGAUAUGUUAUGAUUGUCCCAUUGACCUGGGAUGCAAGGUGGCAAACGUGGAUUUGAUAGUGACCAAAAUCUUCCAUUAUGACGUCAUCCUGGGCAUGGACUGGUUGACGGUAGUGAGGGCGGAGAUUGAUUGUGAUGCAAAGACAGUAAAGAUACAUGAAGACGACGACACUCCCCUCACGUUCCCGGUCCAGGUCAGCUACGAACGAAGGAUCUCGUGUUAUGCAUCAUUGGAGGAUGGAUAUUCUGGACCCUCGAUAACGGACACACCCGUGGUCAAAGACUUUUGGGACGUAUUCAAAAACAUACCUGGACUGCCACCUCGACGUGAGAUAGACUUCACGAUUGAUCUGGUUCCUGGAGCCAAGCCCAUCUCUCUGCUUACUUACUGCAUGCCCCCAUGUGAAAUGGAGGAAUUACGGACUCAAAUCGAUGAUUUGCUAGAGUUAGGUUUCAUCCGGCCCAGCGUGUCGCCAUGGGGAGCCCCAGUCCUAUUCGUAAAGAAGAAGGACGGCUCUUUGCGACUAUGUGUGGAUUACCGAAGGCUGAACCAAAUGACGGUUCGGAAUAAAUACCCGUUGCCUAGAAUCGAUGAUUUAUUCGACCAGUUGAGGGGUGCUCAAUACUUCUCAAAGAUAGAUCUAAAAUCGGGGUACCAUCAGCUGCGAGUUAGAGAUGAAGAUAUUCAGAAAACGGCCUUCAGGACCUGUUUUGGCCAUUACGAGUUUCUGGUUAUGCCGUUCGGGCUCACCAAUGCCCCCGCGGAAGUGCGCCUUUUGGAAGGAGGAGGUCAAAUUUCUAGGUCAUGUUGUGUCCAAGGAAGGGAUAUCUGUGGAUCUCGCCAAGGUGGCGGCGGUACAAGGUUGGAAGCAACCGAAAUCGGUUACGGAAGUGCGAAGCUUCCUUGGGCUAGCAGGCUAUUACCGCAGAUUCAUUAG